AUGUGUGAGAAGGGCUUCACUCGGUCAGCGUGCUUGCUGCAACACCAGCGAGUUCAGAUUGGGGAGAGGCAAUUCACUUGUUCUGUUUAUGAGAAGGGCUUUACAAAUUUGUUCAACCUGCUGAGGCACAAGCAGUUACAGGUAGAGCAGGUAAAAUUGCUAGAUCGGUUUACUUUUAAGAAGCCAGCUGUGGGAACACUCUACUUGACUGCAACACAUCUGAUUUAUGUAGAAUCAUCAGAGAUUCGCAAAGAGACAUGGAUUUUACACCAUCAUAUUUCAGCGAUAGAGAAGCUGCCCCUUACAUCUACAGGAUACCCAUUGCUGAUUCAUUGCAAGAACUUCAGAGUUGCUCAUUUUGUUAUUUGUCGAGAACGUGAUUGCCAUGAUGUUUACAGUUCACUUCUCAGACUGUCACAACCAGUGGUGUUUGAAGAACUUUAUGCUUUCUCAUACAACCCUAAGCAGACUGAAAUGAGCAGAGGAAUGGGUUGGAAAAUAAUAGACAUAAAAGAAGAUUUCCAGCGUAUGGGAGUACCAAACGAAUACUGGGAGCAGACUGAUGUAAAUGAAAACUAUGAGACUUGCAGUACGUAUUCAACAUUUCUCUAUGUGCCAAAAGGAGCAAACAAGCCAAUAAUAGUGGGCAGUUCAAAGUUCAGAAGUAGAGGGCGAUUUCCUGUUCUUUCAUAUUUUUUCAAGGAGAAUAACGCUGCCAUUUGCCGGUGCAGUCAACCACUUUCAGGGUUCAGUGCCAGGUGCGUGGAGGAUGAACAAAUGCUCCAAGCUAUUAGCAAGGCCAACCCAGCAAGUCCAUUCAUGUAUGUGGUGGACACGAGACCAAAGUUAAAUGCCAUGGCAAACAGAGCUGCUGGAAAGGGAUACGAAAAUGAAGAUAAUUAUUCCAACAUUAGAUUCCAAUUUAUUGGUAUUGAAAACAUACAUGUAAUGAGAAACAGUUUACAAAAGCUUUUAGAAGUAUGUGAACUGAAGGCCCCAUCAAUGAGUGAGUUUCUCAUUGGCUUGGAAAAUUCUGGGUGGCUUCGUCACAUUAAAGCAGUCAUGGAUGCUGGUGUCUUUCUAGCAAAGGCAGUGUCUGAAGAAAAUGCCAGUGUGUUAGUCCACUGUUCUGAUGGGUGGGAUCGUACUGUUCAAGUUUGCUCAUUGGCUGCCCUCCUCCUGGAUUCCUACUACCGGACAAUAAAGGGAUUUAUGGUUCUUGUAGAAAAAGAAUGGAUCUCAAUGGGACACAAAUUCUCCCAAAGAUGUGGGCAUCUAGAAGCUGACCCUAAAGAAAUUUCUCCUGUAUUUACCCAGUUUAUUGAAUGCACUUGGCACCUGCUGGAACAAUUUCCAUGUGCUUUCGAGUUUACUGAGAAUUACUUGUUGGAGAUCCAUGACCAUGUAUUCUCCUGUCAAUUUGGCAACUUUAUGGGAAACUGCCAGAAAGAACGCCAGGAAUUAAAGCUUCAAGAGAAGACAUAUUCCUUGUGGCCAUUCCUAUUGGCAAAGCAGUACCUCUACCAGAAUCCUCUGUAUAAACCCAGUGCAGUCAGUAUUGUGUUAAAGCCCAAUACUGCCCCUUUUAACUUCAAGUUCUGGUGUGGUAUGUACAACCGUUUUGACAGAGGAAUGCAGCCAAGACAAUCGGUUGUGGAUUGUCUACAUGCUUCAAUGAAACAGAAAAUAGACCUCGAAGAAACUGUAGCAGAUCUGAAUCAGAAACUAACUCAUCAGGAUAAAUCACAUUCUGAUUCUACCUUUAUCUUACCAAUUAAACUUUCCAUGGAGGAAGAUUCCACCCACCUGCAAGUAAUUGGUGCUACUCAGGACUAUUUGGAGGAAGAGCAAAUUAUGUUAACAAAUGGCACAGAAGAGGUAAUUGAAACUGUUCCUGCUGGGAGCAAGCAAGUGGAUAAUGUAACCGACUCCUCUUUCACGUGUCAAUCUACUUUGAAUAACAUUGACUCCCUUGAUCUAGUCAAGUUGAAAAUACAAGCAGAUGAAGACAACCAUCAAAUAUUCCAAGAUGCAGUCGAAAAAUAAUUACUUAUCUCCAUAUAACUUGUAUGUAUUCGUUCACAAAUGUAUUUGGUCUUGAUAUAAAUAUCGUUAUUCAAAAGUGUCAGAAUUAGAAAAUGCCAACAGAUAAUUCUUUAACAAAGGGAAAAUAAUCCAAGAUGUUUUGGGGAAUCUGGCUGCUUAAAUGAGAGGAUAUAUUUCGAAGGGAAAUGUUACAAAAUUGGGCUUGGGGUGGAUUCUCACUUGCCAGAAGCUAAUAUAAAAAUUUAGCAGACUGUUCAUAAUAGAUAGGAAAUUGUAGUCAUUUUCUACCUGAAUUCCUUAUGCGUUUCCCGUGGUGAAAUGCAGAUGUUAUGAUGUGUCCAGUUAUUGAGAUCUGUCUUUGUGUAUUUCUUAAAAUUUAAUGGACCAAUCUGAACACGUUGCUUCAUUGUAGUGUUUUAAUGUUUUGCCACUGAAGAAGCCAGUGUUGGGUGCAGUGAAUGCUUUUUAGAAACCUAAGCUGGCUGUUUUGUAAAUAUUAACCAACAUAUUUUCUAAAUUGGAAGUUCUUAAAAGUCUUAGAUUAAAUACUUUCAUAUAAAGGAUAGACAUGAUAAUUGCAUUUCCCUUUUAAAUUUUUCUCCAGUCUUAUCCCCUUACCUGUUUUUCUAUUUCCCUUGUUCAGAAAUGGUUCCAUGGCUGCCACAAGCCCACGGAUAUGUUGCCUAAGUGCCUAUUCCAUCUGUAAUUCAACAAAACAAGCUAUUCUCCAAUGAUAUUUGAGUCUAAUUCAGUUUCUGACAAAUCUCUGCCACAUGCAAAAGUCACUGCAUUGUAAUUAGAGAUAGGAGCUCUGACAUAUUUAAGGCCAGCUGCUACCCUAACUAAGAUAAUUCACUUGGCCUAUGAGUUGUGGGGAUUUAUUCAUGAAUUCCUAGUCUUGAGUGGCUCAGAACCAGCCUGUAUUGGAAGACUCUUUCUGGGCCAAAUCAUUGGAGGAAGUUGUAUUUCACUUUAUUGUUUUUGCAAGACAAUUUUUGGAUUGUCCUGUUCUAUAUAUUGUGGACAGUAUUGGUAAUUAGCUAAAGAUUUAUAGCUCUUUGAGUGAUUGAGAGAUAUUUUCACUUUACAUUUUACCUUCUGUAAAAAUAGAUUUGUUGUUUUAUUUUCCAUGUUACUCAGUGCCUGUUUUUUUAUCAGACAUCAUGAGGAAACUUCUCAAUGUCUGAAUAAUGGUUAGAAUUUUACAAAAUAAAUCAUAAAAUUGCCACAAGUGGAAUUUUGUUAUACAAUGCAUCAAUAUGCUUCUGUAAGACAGAGCAUUUGGUUCAUACAUCAAGAUGGAAAGUAAGAGUCUUGUUUAUACAUAGUCAUUGUGAUGAAUAGUCCUGUGGCUCAUGUUGGAGUGCACUCAUUUGCAAACCAGCUCCUGUUCACUCAAGGCUGUGCAGCACCAUCUUUCUCUUGGGCUUCAGGUCAUCCAUUUAUAAAGCUAUAGGUAUGAAGAGUACAGAAGGCAUUUUCUAACUGUAGUUUAUAUCGGUGUUCCGAAUGGGUACACUGAAGUCCUUCUGGACAUCAUUCAGUAGUUUUGCACUUUUUAAAAGAUAUUGAUUUUCCAUCCUUCCAACCAAAAUAACUUGUCAUUUCAUUAGCUACUUUGUCCAGUCACUUAAUCUGUCUAUAUUUCUCUAUAACCUCUUCUUAUGGUUUCAUUUCACAGCUUACAUUCCCACCAAACUUUGUAUUGCAGAAAAUGAUUUUACGUUUUUUUUGUUGGAAAUCUAUCAGGAUUAUUGGGUACCUGUUAAAUCUAUAAAAGCUGAAAUGUCAACCCUUUUGUAAAAGCGUUAGUGAGUGCUGGGUUUUGUACCAGAAUUCACAUUUGCUCUGCCCAUACAUCACCAAUUUUUUUCUUUUAAAUACACACAAUAAAAGUUUCCAGACUCUUUACUCAUUUGACAGUUCAUGCAGAGAUACAUACACUAUUAGUUGGGGUCCCUGGAUUUCAAAACAGCAUAAACUGUGACCACUUUCCCAUUUCCUCAGGCAGAUGCUGAGGCCUUUGGCGGCACGGCGGCUCAGUGAUUAGCACUGCUGCCUCACAGCAUGAGAGACCCAGGCUCAAUUCCAGCCAUGGGCAACUGUGCAUUCUCCCCAUGUCUGUGUGGGUUUCCUUUGGGUGCUCCAGUUUCCUCCCACAAUCCAAAGAUGUGCAGGUUAGGUGGAUUGGCUAUGCUAAAUUGCUCAUAGUGCCUACGGUAGGAAAUGUAGGGGGUCGGACUGGCAAGGAUGCUCUUCAGAGAGUCGGUGUGGACUCGAUGGGCCGAAUGGCCUGCUUCCAUAGGAUUCUAUGCUUCUAAUCAUUCUAAAUUAAUUCAAGUACCACCUCAGAAUGAGAAUUCAGUUUGAGACUUUCUGGUUCGUAUGGCUCAGUUGGCUUUUAUCUUGUUCAUGGAUUCCUUUCUUAAAUAUUUUAAGGACAGUGUCAUCUUAAGUUUGAGUUGAUUUUUGAAUAGUAAUUAAGUACACUUUAAGGAAAGCUUGAAAUUUUACCCAACAUGAAGGUAACUCAAUGAGAUUACGUAGAACGCAACUGAUUCUUACUUUUCUCCUUUUAUGAAUCAUGAAACUUGUCAGACCAUAAUCGAUGAGCAAAAUGGUUGACCUGCAGUCAAUAAAGGAAUAUUAAAAAAAAUAUUUUUUUAAUCAUGAUGUAGUUUGAUUGCAGAUCAUUCUUUAAUUUGUGUUAACUGCUUCUGAGUUUCUUAUGAAUUUCUAUGGGUAGCAUGGUGCCUGUCAUGAGAAGCAUUAAUUGAGACAAAUGCGUUAGUGUAGAAUAUUUUCUUUCAGAUUUCCAGCAGCUGCAUUGUUUUCCUUUGAUUUUAUUGUACAGAUUAUUAUUGAAUAUUAUUCAAACAGGGAAGGGCUUCCUGUUGCUGCUCAAAAGUUGAGUAAUUAUUCAGCAAGCAAACAGAAUUCCCCUAGAUUUCACCACCGUCCUAUGUUGUAAUAUCAGAAUCAAUAGAUGUUGAACAUCAGCUCAAAAUUCUAUUUUUCUAAGCUUUUUCUAAUAGUGAAAAUACUCCUGCUUUUAUGAUUGUGAUCAGCAUUUCCUCUAGGCUACGUGAAUGCAUGACUGCAUAGCACUCCAGAACUCAAUGCUCGAGAGACAAACGGGCUGCACCCUGGUAGCAGCCCAUAAAGAUUUGUUGGAUGCAUUGGAUUUUAAAUAGUAGAACAACAAAUGGGCUUUGCACUGCAAAAGGAAUUUGAAGAGAACAUUGAGAUAUAUCCAGCACAAACUGAACUUGUUAAUUUCAAUAUAUUUUACAUGUAUAUACAGACAUUUAAAAAAACCUGUUUCUAUAUCUUCUCAGCUUCAACCUUCGAAAGAUAUAUUUAAUUCUCUUGGUAGUACUCAGUUGUAGUUUUUCUGGGAAUUUUUUUCUUUUUUAAAAAUUCUGCCUGAUAAAUGUUUAUGACUGACUGAACAAAAUUUUGUUUGGGGUUAACUGCAUAGAAAGCCGUUUGGGAUGUGCUGAGAUAACGUUGUUGCCUGUGCAUUUGUAUCCUGUCAAUUUUACAACCUUAUCCUUCUAUGUUGUUGAUUUGUGGCAGUGUUUAAUUCAAGAAGCAUUGGAUGUCUUUUGUUGUCUUAUCCAAAUCCCCAUUAUUUAUAAGAGUCUGGUGGUAACUGUAGAUAUGAUAGUUGACGUAUGUCACUGUUUACACUUGUAUUUCCUGUUGGAAUUAAGCGAUAGUGAUCCGCAGAGGAACCACAAGUUACUUUUUUCUUCCGUCUCCUCAUCUAAGCCAGGAUGAUGAUGAUAUUUGUACAGCCCUUAUUUCGCUGCCCAAAUUAGUAAAUAGAAUAGACUGUGUUGAAUAUUAAUGGAUCAACUUUUCUAUUGAAGGAAAUAGUUUUCCUUAAAUUGAAUUGUUUCAAUUUCUCACAAACUGCACUAACCCCAGCUGUGCUUCUUCCUUUUUGACAAUUUCCACCCUCCUGAAGACAGCUUUGCAGGUGGACUUUUGCCAAGCCCUUGAUGUUUCGAUAUCUGCUGAAAUUUUUGUUCUCCAUACAAAUGAGUCAGUGAGCUUUGGCAGUCCAUUGCUUCAUUAGUACUAUAUAACCACACUGGAUGGUAUCCUCUUAUUAUCACUAUACAAGUGUACUCUCUGCAGAGAUCAUUUGGUGGUGAUGAGGAACUGAUAUUCUAGUUCAGAUGUAAAAUGUGACGUGCAAGCUCUUACUCUGCCCUCUAUCUAUGAACGUAUCAGUUUGAGCACUGCAUUAAAAUUGCAGGCAAGAAAGCGUGCUGAUUCUGUUUUACUGUCUUGCUGCCCCAUAGGUAUGUGCAAAUGCUAGCUAACAGUACAGAUUCUGAGUCAUAUCUAGGACUUUUGAAUCUUUAUGGCUAAGUGUUACCUGUUAGAUGAAUUUUCUUGAUAGAUUAUUGGACAGACUGCUGAGGUUAAAGUGCCAAAUAACAGUACUGCAAAUGCUGGAGAUCUGAAGUGAAAACAAAGUCCUGGAGAAACUCCAUGGGUCUGGUAACACCUGCAGAGAGAAACAAUUGACGUUUUGAGUUCAAUUUGUCGGUUUACUGUUUUCAGAUGAUAAGUGGGCCAUUUAGGAUGGAGGAUAGGAAAUUUUAAACUAUUCAUGAAUGUAUAUUAUUAUGUAGAUAGUUCCCUACCCUUUACGAUAAUAGGUGUAAUGUGAAUAUCAAUAACUCUGUCUCUGAACAAUAGUAUUACUCCCAAUUGUGGAAAUUGAUAUGGUGGUACCUUGAGUGAUUAGUUUCUGUUUUAGCUCAUUGUACCCCCAUCCAAAUUAAUUUUCAGUUCUUCAGAAUGUUGAAUUGUUCCCUGUUUGCAUCUGCACCACCUUCUUGGCCAGGGCCCUUGUGUGAACAUCCACAUCUCCAGGACCCCCAUGCCCCAUGUGGAUACUUGAUGUAACAUGAUCAAAUUCUCCAUAAUCAGCAUUUAGAGAGUGUUAGUAAAAUUUGGGAUGAGUAAAGAAAUUUUUCAUAAGUGUUGGUAAUCAUUUGGGUGAUCCCUGCAUGAUAUAUGGGACUGAUUGUUAACUACUUUUAAGCCACUGAUGAAAGGUCACUAACCUGCAAUUACAUCGUUUUUUUUCUCUCUCUAGUUAGCUAUGAUUUGUUUGCUGUUCACAUUUUUAAACCUAUUUUUUGGUUCUUUACUUGUCCUGAUAUCACCUAUUAGCCUUGCACCAUUAUCAAAUUUCCUUCUAAAGUGUGCUGUUGUACAGCUACCUAGAGGUUCCUGUGUAGGUUCACAUAAAUCAGUCUUUUUCAGUUGUCAUAUGUGUGUGUGACUACACAUUUUUAAAAAAAUGCCAAUACUCAUCAACAAAAUCACUUCUAACAUUUAGUCAGUUCUGCUUUCCUUCGUUCUUUCUAAAUUUCAGCUCACCUCCCUUUCUCCUGCCUUUCGACUUGCUAAAACCUGCCAUGUCUGUAACAUUUUCUAUUUCUGAUGAAUGUUCACCAACCUAAACAUUGCACCUAUUUCUCUCUUUACCUAAGCUGCUGAGUAUUUCCAGCACUUAAUUUAUAUUUGUGAUGUUAAGCAUCAACAGUAUUUUAACUUUGUUAAAAGAAUAUAGCUAAGUUGUAUUUUCAAAUGAGUCUACGAAUGAAUUGAUCAGUUUUGUUUUAGAAAUCAAUAUUACCUAAGCAGUAGUCUUUUACCUCACUUAGAAAACUAGACUGUAUCAGGAAUUUCCUUUUCACCAGAAUUAGUAAGAUUAAAUUUUGUUUUGGCCAUCUCUUGUCACAUUUAUAAAUGUGGUAAGUCAAAGAAAUUCUCAAUCUUUUGGAGAUUUAUGUAACUGAUUCAAUGUGUUAUUUGAUUUGUUAUUUGAGGGGAUAAUAUUACAGCAAAGAAACCAUUACAUUGCGUGGCAAACCUGGUUGAGUACAAAUAAAUUUCUAAAAUAUUUGAAAUUCUACUUUUUGAAUAUGUCAGAAUAUGCGCCCUUUUACUUCAUUAUUCAGUAAGUCUUGGAUUUGGACAUUUGUAAACACCUUAAUUUCUCAACUUUCCUAACUCCUCCUGCCCGUCCCCCUUCCCAGCUCACCAAAGCAAAUUGGGACAUAGGAGCAAAGUUGAGCCAUUUAGUCCCUUAAACCAAUUUUAGCACUUAGUUUGCUAGUGGCUGAUCUGUACUUAACGCCAUCUAAUUGACUUUGUUCCACAAUCCUUAAUUGCCAACAAAACUUACUUAAAAACAAAAAAAAACCAAAGAACUUCAGAUGCUGGAAAUCAAACAAAAACAGAAAUUGCUAGAAAAUGUCCACGGGUCUGGCAGUAUCUGUGGAGAGAAAGCAGAGUUAACUUUUUGGCACCCUUCUUCAGAACCUUCUUCAAGCUUAAUUGACCUUAUUUUUGACAUUUACAAUUGAAUCAGCCUCAACAAAUCCUGGAGCAGAGAGUUCCAAAUUUUCACUACCCUAUUGUACAAAGAAGUGCUUUCUGACAUUAACUUCAACCUAUAGUUCUGUUUUCAAAGUUAUUAUCCUUUUGUUCUCUCCAGCACUCUGCUCAACUGCCUUUUCCCUGCCUCUCUAUAUUAAAACUAGUGACAUCUGUUAAAUUUGCAAAUCUGAUGAUUAUUCACCAUGCUAUCAUGAGCACUUUCACCAGAAAAUCGUGACAUAUGGGCCAAGAUUAAUUUUGUGAAGGAGCUAGAAACUAAUAUAGGCCCUCAGUGUAUGUGUACAGUGAACCUGAUUCCAAUUUUGAGUGCAUUCAUUGGAAUAUGAACUGAUUUUCUAGCCACGUGAUGACCAGAUACUUCAGUCAUUAAAACAAUAACCACACCUUUUACUAUAUUCAAUCCUUAGUACUAUUGAAUGACUAAACUCCUGUAUUUUAUUAGAACACAAGCACCAUUUUCAGGGAAGAUGAUUCUGUACUCUCCUGUUUUGUGUUUAAAACUAACUUCUGCAAAAUAUAUAAUGCAUUUUUCUUUGUUUUUGAGGCCAAAUUCUAUCGCAAACUCAAUUUUUAUGCUUGUAUUCCAGUUGAGAAUACUGACUUAAGUAUCAGAAAAGGGAAUCCUGGUUUCCUUUAUUCAAAGGUGCUGAAGUGACAUAUAUUUCCAGUUGAGAUCAUCUAACUUGGUCUGAAGCCUUUACCAACUGAUUAAUUCAGAGAAAAUCUGUGAAUUGAUACAUACGUUGACUAAUUGCAAAACAAACCUGUUUAUUUGAUUGCCCUAAAAGGGAAUAAGUUAUGCAGUGUGCACUACUUUUAAAGAAUGUUUUGUGAACCAAGCCAUUAAAUAUUUUGUACCGGCAUGUUUGUCUUUAUCAUUCCUGUACUUGCAUUUGUAAGCAGUAAAAUGUUCUUUUUUUGUAAGUAAUAAAAAUAUACAGUCUA